AUGUAUUAUGUUGAAUUUGAUUCAGCAACCAUAUGGGUAACUCCCUGCAGUACUGAGCUGAGUGGGUCAGACUCACAGUGUCGUAUUCACCUCACCAAGGCCAAAUAUGAAUACAAAUACAUUCAGGAUGGAGACCUCAUCAUCGGAGGAGUCUUCUCUGUAAACAAUGAGGUGUAUUAUAUACCAGAUAACACUGAGAAGCACAUUCCUCUCUGCGUAAGUCCCAUUAUCAGUCAAUAUGAAGACAUAAUGUCCCUGUUGUUUGCGAUUCAUGAGAUCAACAAGAACCCGGAUCUGUUACCCAACAUCACUCUAGGAUAUCAUGUAUAUGACUCUUGUAUGGAUCCAAGUCUUGCUAUAGGGAGUGUCCUGCAGAUAUUAUCUGGCCCUGGGGAAGCAGUUCCUAAUUACUCCUGCAGGGGCCAGGGUGAAAUUGCUGGAUUUAUUGGAGAUCGGUCAGUUGUCACAUCCCUGCCUAUAGCACAACUUCUAGGUACUUAUGGAUACUCACAGAUUAGCUUUGGUGCUGCAGACCCAGUGCUGAAUGACAGAACACAAUAUCCAUACUAUUUUAGUAUAGGGCCAAAUGAGCACAUUCAGCAUGUUGCUAUAGCAGAGCUGGUGGAACGCUUGGGAUGGACCUGGGUGGUCAUUCUGGCACGGGGUGAUGACUAUGGUGAGAGAGAGAGUAAGAAUCUCAGGGAUGAGAUCAACAAACAUGGCGUCUGUGUUGACUUCAUUGGCACUUUAUCUGAAGAUAAUUCCACAAACUAUGUAACAUUACAAAGAAUACAAAGAUCUACUGCAGAGGUUGUGAUCCUGUGUGGAGGACUUUUUCAAAGUUAUUCUUUAGCAGUGUUAGUAGAAUCAAAGAUAAAAGAUAAGACUGUGGUCAUUCCUCCUCUAAAGUCCCAGUGCUCUGCAAACUGCCCCCCUGGUUACAGAAAAGUCCCAAGGAAAGGAGCCCCACACUGCUGCUAUGACUGUGCAAAAUGCUCAGAAGGGGAGAUCUCCAACUCAACUGAUAUGGAAAACUGUCUAAAAUGUAAUAUCUAUGAAUGGCCAAAUCAGGAGAAAACCAUGUGUAUUGAGAAGCAAAUGGAGUUCCUCCCAUAUGGAGAUGAUGCUCUUAGUGUGGCGUUUAUUGCUCUUUCUGGGGUUUUUAUUUUUAUAGCAGAAGUUAUUUUGGGAAUCUUUAUUUUAUUUCAAGACACUCCAGUAGUGAAGGCCAACAAUCGCAAUCUGAGCUUUAUUCUUCUUGUCUCAAUUAAGCUGAGCUUUCUAUGUGUAUUUUUAUUCCUUGGCCGUCCUGUUGAUAUAACCUGCAUGUUCAGACAAACUUCUUUUGGAAUCAUCUUCUCCAUAGCCAUGUCUUCUGUCUUGGCAAAGACUAUCAUGGUCUGCAUUGCUUUCAAAGCCACCAAGCCUGGAAGUCCCUGGAUGAAAUGGAUGGGAUUCAAACUGGCACAUUCCAUUGUUGUUAUUUGUUCAUUCAUUCAGUUUGUAAUUUGUGUUGCUUGGUUGGCAAUUUCUCCCCCAUUUGUGGAGCAUAAUCUGUCUGAUCCUGAAAAAAUCAUUGUUCAAUGCAAUGAGGGCUCUGACAUUGCCUUCUACAUUGUCCUUGCCUAUAUGGGAUUGUUGGCAUCUGUGAGUUUCAUUGUAGCUUUCUUGGCUCGGACAUUACCGGACAGUUUUAAUGAGGCCAAGUACAUCACUUUCAGCAUGUUGCUCUUCUGCAGUGUUUGGAUCACAAUGAUCCCAGCCUAUCUGAGUACCAAAGGCAAAUACAUGGUGGCAGUGGAAAUAUUUGCCAUAAUCACUUCAAGCUGUGGUCUUCUCUUCUGUAUAUUUCUACCCAAAUGUUAUAUUAUAUUAUUAAAGCCAGAGAUGAACACAAAGCAUUAUUUAAUGGGAAAUAAUAAACAGAGAUCAAUCUAG